CAGCCAGCUUCAGCCUUCAGCUUGCAAAUUGCAACAAAAUGGCGGACCUUAUUCGUAGGCAAGAGCCGAUGCAGUCGUCUCCGCGGUCAAGCCCGCGCGAUCGUGGAUCGCGGUCCCCUGCAUAUCCAAGACAAGAUUCGUCUGGAACUUUAAAAACGACGAUAAGUUUGGUACCAGGGAAACAACCAUCUGUCAUUCAUACUGGGUCUUUUUACCUCGUGAAAGACAUUCCAGAUGAAGCCGACAUCACCGGCAGUACAAAUCUGCUCAACUACUACAAUCUAGAACAUUCCUACAACAGAUUCAUCAACAAGAAGGUGAAGGAGGAGCUGAGUGCGUUCUUGCCGCACCUGCCAGGAAACAUCGACUCGCCUGGAAUCCAGGACAACAGUUCCCUGAGGUCGCUCAUUGAGAAAGUCCCCAGCACAGGGAAAGAGUUGACGCAACUUUCUGGCUCGGCGUUGUCAGGAUUUCGGCUGCACCCUGGACCUCUCCCAGAGCAGUACCAGAUCAUGAACCAGAUGACGCAGAAGAAAAAGAAGCACAAGAAGAAGGUCAAGGACGCUGAGAAAGGAAGUGCCCUGCAGCUUGCGCAAACUGACAACGCUACAGGUGAAACCGAACCUAAAAAGGCCAAGAGACCGAAGAAGGAGGAUGAACAGAAGGAUCCGAAGAAAAAGAAAAAGAAGGACAAGAAAAAGAAGAAGCAGAAACACAGCCCCGACAUAGCCACAGCGAGCGGAGGAGAAAACGCUUCUUAGGUGGAGGACAAGGGACGGAUACGAUACAAGACGAGCAAAGGGCUCGGCGCAUCAAAAGACUUGUGUGGUCGAUGAUGGAGGGAGGCCUCACUCUGAAGAGCUGAUCGUGUGGUUUUUUGGGGGGAGUACUGGCGGAAGACGCUCCAGUGCUGCGUAAUGCUUCGGAUCGGAGGAGCAGGAGGUACACCUUAGGCCUGGUGUUAUCUGUCGUCGCGCAGAGUUGUUCCGUCAUGAGCUCGGCGGACAGCCGAUCCCAUCAGCUGUUGUAGGAACCCCCAUUGGGUGCUCGGGUGGCGGGCGAUAUUCGUUCAGAUUGACUGCUGAUUUUUGCUGGUAUUUAGCAAGCUUGUUUAAACUUGCUUAACCCUAUCCGUACGUCGUGUUUUACUAUCAUAUCCAUUCGACGUGGGGAACUCUGCCACCACUUUCUAA